AACUGUAGUCUAAUCAGCUGCAUUAGUUGUGUCACUUAAUAUACUAUUGCAAAGAUGGCUGCUAUUCCGAAGUCCGCUGUUCGCAGCUCGGUGCGCCCUGCUACGGCAUCCAGCCGGGCUGCUCGUGUCGUGCCGCGCGCGGCUAUUGAGUGGUAUGGUCCUGACCGGCCCAAGUUCCUGGGCCCCUUCUCUGAGGGCGAUACCCCUGCCUACCUCACCGGCGAGUUUCCCGGCGACUACGGCUGGGACACUGCCGGCCUGUCCGCUGACCCGGAGACCUUCAAGCGCUACCGCGAGCUGGAGCUCAUCCACGCGCGCUGGGCCAUGUUGGGCGCUCUGGGCUGCGUGACCCCCGAGCUGCUGUCCAAGUACGCGGGUGUCUCGUUCGGCGAGGCUGUCUGGUUCAAGGCCGGCGCCCAGAUCUUCGCUGAGGGCGGCCUGAACUACCUGGGCAAUGAGAACCUGGUCCACGCCCAGUCUAUUAUUGCCACCCUGGCCUUCCAGGUGGUCGUGAUGGGCCUGGCUGAGGCUUACCGCGCCAACGGCGGCCCGCUGGGUGAGGGCCUGGACCCGCUUCACCCCGGUGGCGCCUUCGACCCGCUGGGCCUGGCUGACGACCCGGAUACCUUCGCCGAGCUCAAGGUCAAGGAGAUCAAGAACGGCCGCCUGGCCAUGUUCUCCAUGUUCGGCUUCUUCGUGCAGGCCAUUGUGACCGGCAAGGGCCCCAUCGAGAACCUGUCUGACCACCUCGCCAACCCCAGCGCUGUCAACGCCUUCGCCUACGCCACCAAGUUCACCCCUUCGGCCUAAAUGUGGCAUCACAGUAUUGUGUAGAUUCUCUGUAGUAGGCCUGGUGGAUGAAUAGUUGCUUUCCUACUAAUAGGUGCUUAGCUGGAAGGGCGGUUUUAAGGCAGGUUUUUAUCUGGAAGAUUUUCCGCCGACGUCCCGGGUAUCUCGCUCGCGGCUACCAGCCGUUCUACCGAGCUGCUAUCAGAUUUUGUUUUCUAUUUUCUUGUUAGAAUUAGGAUAUUUGUGUGGGACAUAUUUCGGGUUAACCUUACCUGACAUUUGAACCAUUUGAAGAGUUUUGACGGAUCAUUAUAUCCAUUGUCUUCAAAUUAUCGAAGACAAUUAUCGAAGUAUUUCAUUUGUUGGUUGAUCAUCUGCUUGUACGCCGUGAACCGUGGAAAUUUCAAAUCUGCUUCAGCGUCACCUUGUAUUAUCCAGUGACUCGCAGAACAUGUAACACUUUGCAAUCUU